AUGCCGUACAAUAUUGCCAUGAUAAGUGACUUUUUCUUCCCCCAGCCGGGGGGGGUGGAAAGUCAUAUAUAUCAACUCUCGACGAAAUUGAUUGAUCGAGGUCAUAAAGUCAUCAUCGUCACCCACGCUUACAAAGGUCGGACCGGGGUGCGCUAUUUGACCAACGGGCUGAAGGUCUACCAUGUUCCAUUUUUCGUAAUAUACCGCGAAUCCACCAUGCCCACCGUGUUUUCCUUCUCUCCCAUGUUUCGCAAUAUCGUCAUCCGCGAGCGGAUAGAGAUAGUUCAUGCCCACCAGAGUCUGAGCAGCUUCUGCCACGAGGCAAUCUUACAUGCUAGGACGAUGGGGCUGCGGACUGUUUUCACGGACCAUUCACUCUUCGGAUUUGCGGACGCAGGGUCGAUUCUUACGAAUAAACUUUUGAAGUUCACUUUGAGCGAUGUAGACCAUGUAAUAUGCGUUAGCCAUACUUGCAAGGAGAACACAGUACUCAGAGCCUCGUUGGAUCCAUUGAUGGUAUCGGUUGUCCCGAAUGCGUUGGUCCCUGAAAACUUCCGCCCACUUCAUUACCUCGAACGCUGGGACAACAAAGCGAAUCAGCCUCUCAAGUCCGCGCCGCGACUCCUAGGCCCCGAUGACACAAUAACAAUCGUCGUCGUCUCGCGGCUUUUUUACAACAAAGGGACUGACCUUUUGAUCGCGGCGAUCCCUAGAAUCCUUGCCGCCCACCCCAAUGUUCGAUUUAUCAUCGCAGGAAGCGGCCCAAAGGCCAUUGACCUUGAGCAGAUGCUGGAACGCAAUGUGCUCCAGGAUAAGGUGGAAUUGCUAGGUCCGAUUCGUCAUGAGGAGGUCCGAGAUGUCAUGGUCCGGGGCCACAUAUAUCUUCAUCCAAGCUUGACGGAAGCGUUUGGAACCGUAAUUGUUGAAGCCGCUAGUUGCGGCCUAUACGUGGUUUGCACACGAGUUGGAGGAAUCCCAGAGGUCCUGCCACAACACAUGACCACUUUUGCUAAACCCGAGGAGGAUGACCUUGUUCAAGCAACCGGGAAGGCGAUAGCGGCCUUGCGCUCGAAUAGGGUUCGCACCGAUCGGUUCCACGACCAGGUCCGGACGAUGUAUUCGUGGACGGACGUGGCUCGGCGUACCGAACGUGUCUACAACGGAAUAUGUGGUGCAAUCAGCGAAGAAGAGUUUUACGGCUACCUUCCCGGGGAAAGUUGGACUGGAGCUCGGGGCAGAGAACAUAGUUUUGCGCUUAUCGAUCGCCUGAAGAGGUACUACGGCUGUGGGAUCUGGGCCGGGAAACUGUUUUGUCUUUGUGUUGUUAUAGAUUUCUUGCUUUACGUGUUUCUUGAGUUUUGGAGGCCGCGGAACAACAUUGACAUUGCUCGAGAUUGGCCAAAGAAGCCGACAUACGAGAAUGACCGACAGCACCGGGAUGAGCGACUCCUGUCUAGCGGGACAAGUCUCCGACUACAAAUCCAUCGUGAUCGAGGGAAAUCUUAG